AUGAUCGGCAGUGCGGCACGAACACCGAUGGCUGCUACCAAUGGGCCAGGCCCAGAACACAGUGGGUUCGCUCCCAUUGCUCCGGCACCCACUGCCCAGCCAGGAUCGGAUCCCGGCAACUCGAGCGCUUCAUCGGGCCCAAUGCCAAGUGCCUGUCAGACCUGUGCGAAGCGAAAGGUCAAAUGCGACAAAACUUCGCCGAUUUGUUCUAGGUGUCGGAAAAGCGGGCGAGAGUGCAUUUACCACGAACCGAAUUCGCGCCAUCGCAAACGAAAACUCAGUCUCGAUACCCUUGAAAAGCUCGAAAGACUAGAUCGAUAUGAGCACCUUUUGCAGCAGCAUGGAUUGCUGGACGCCGAGACAUCGACGUCGUCCAAGGAGACACCGUCUGUGUGUCCCGCGGACCCCGAAAAAUCGAGAACCGGCCAGCUUUUGACCCGCCAGGGAAGGUCAAGAUAUAUCGACAGUCAUUUCUGGUAUAGCCUGGAAGACGAUGAGAUGCAACACGUGUCCGAUGAAGAAGAGGACGAAACGCUCCCAGGUUGCGCUGGCAUCUCUAGACCUGUAGUAUUGGACCCUUUGACCGCCGCCGCCUUCAUGGGCUCGGGGCAGAGCCUUCUUCAGCACCACCCAAACCACAAGGACGCCCUGGUGUUGUGGAAUAUGCAUACAGAAAAUGUAGAACCCAUAUGCAAGAUCCUGCACAUUCCUUCUGUCACCAAGAUAGUUGAAUCUGUGUCACAGAGACCUGAAACGGCAUCAAAAUCCGACGAGUGCUUACUAUUUGCGAUUUACUACGUCGCGGCGUUUUCAAUAACAGAAGAGGAGUGUACCGAUCAGUUCCGACAAGCGCGUUCUACCCUGAUGCAGCGAUAUCACUCGGCUGCACGACAAGCUCUCGUGAAUGCGUCUUUCCUAAAGACAACUGAGAUGGCUGUUCUUCAAGCUUAUUACCUCUUCCUUCUAUCCAGUCGCAAUCUGUACGAUCCGCAUACGUAUUAUAUUCUGACUGGGGUCGCAGUUCGCAUAGCGCAACGCAUGGGGUUACACCAAGAUGGAGACAAACUAGACCUGCCACCAUUCGAAGUCGAAAUGAGACGACGCCUUUUCUACCAGAUUUUCCCACUUGAUGGUAGAGCAAGCCAGUCUGCAGGCACCGCCAUGAUGACACUGCCCGAGUCUUGGGACACUAAGCCUCCCCUCAACAUCAAUGAUGAUCAAAUUUGGCCGGGAAUGACCGAGAAGCCAGUCGAGCAGAAGGGCGCGACAGAGAUGAUUUUCUGCCUGUCACGCGCAUGUCUUGGGCAAAAGCUGGCUAGGGCCGGAACCCCGAUCAACGGCGGCGCUCCUCUGGGCUUUCCCAAUCACCGUGAAGCAGAGAAGGUCAUCAGUGAGGCGGAAAGCGAAGUCGAGGAGAAGUUUAUACGCUACUGCGAUAUUGUAAACCCGCUCCAUUACCUCACUAUCGGCCUUGCCCGGUCGGGAAUCACAGCCUUGCGCCUCAAAAUCCGGCUCCCAAAAAUCAGGAACCAGACUGCUACUGACGCCGAACGGAAGGAAAUGUUUCAGCUUGCGCAGAAGACUCUGGAUACUGAUGCGACUGUCCACUCGCAUAUCGGAAUCAGCAAAUAUCAAUGGCACGUCAGACCAUUCUUUUUGUGGGGUACGCGAGACUCGUUCGUUUUCAUCCUGACCAUGUUAUCGAAAAGGCGCGAUCUGCUUUCACCCGUUGAAGUUGAGACUGCCUGGAAGAGUGUAGCACAACUAUACGAAAACCAUGACGAGCUGUUUGAAAGUAAGCAAGCGCUGUAUGUGACUCUCCAACGCCUUGCGCUCAAGGCCUGGGUUUCCUAUCAGCAAGACAGCGGUGCCACAGAGCCAGCCUUCAUUGCAACUUUGAGGACUCUGCAGGGAACAAGGGAAAGUAGACAGGUGGAGCGUCACAGAAAUUGCGCGGCAUCAUUAGCUUGCCUGGGGCAUACGAGCGGCACAAAUAUACUACUUGGCAGUCCGUUGGAACAACCGAGUUCCGGAGUAGACUGCGGUCUAGAUUUCGAUGUUGACGAUUGGGUAUUCUGGGACCAAUUGAUGCAGGACCAACAGGCGCAGGCAAGCUAG